AGGGAGCAUGCGCAGACCUCCCGCCGUCCCCCCCCUCCUUUUCCAAAGACCCCGGUUCCUUAGAAACCGGGCGGCGCGUUCCCGGUGGCUGCGAGCUAGUUUUCGGGGCUGGUGCGUCCGCCCCUGCCUCCCUUACGGAAGGCGGGUGGCCGCUGAGACCUGUCCGGACCCGUGGUCUCCGGUGUAGCCCUGGGCGGGGGAUGCCAGCGUGCCAGAAAGAUCUCUGCAAUAUGAGGAAUGGAUGAAAGAAGGAAAGAAUGGAAACCAGAGAGAUCAAGUAGGAGGUUGUUGCCAUCGUUCAGGAGCCAUGUUUGACCAGGACCCUGGGAAGGUCAUGCUGGAGACUCUUGUGAAGAGAUGAAUUGGUGAACAGACAAGCCGGCAUGAAGAUGCUUCCCGGAGUGGGCGUGUUUGGGACUGGCAGCUCUGCCCGGGUUCUGGUCCCACUGCUGAGGGCAGAAGGGUUCACGGUGGAGGCCCUGUGGGGGAAGACUGAGGAGGAGGCGAAGCAGCUCGCCGAGGAGAUGAACAUCACCUUCUACACCAGCCGCACCGAUGAUGUCUUGCUGCAUCAAGAUGUGGAUCUGGUGUGCAUCAACAUCCCGCCUCCACUCACCCGGCAGAUAUCUGUGAAGGCUCUAGGUAUUGGGAAGAACGUGGUUUGUGAGAAGGCAGCAACCUCAGUGGAUGCCUUCCGGAUGGUGACAGCCUCUCGCUACUACCCACAGCUGAUGAGCCUGGUGGGGAACGUGCUGCGCUUCCUGCCUGCCUUCGUGCGCAUGAAGCAGCUGAUUGCUGAGCACUACGUGGGUGCAGUGAUGAUCUGUGAUGCUCGUGUCUACUCAGGCAGCCUGCUCAGCCCCAACUAUGGCUGGAUCUGUGAUGAACUCAUGGGCGGCGGAGGCCUGCACACCAUGGGCACCUACAUUGUGGACCUACUGACCCACCUGACUGGCCGGAGAGCUGAGAAGGUGCAUGGGCUGCUGAAGACCUUUGUGAGGCAGAAUGCAGCCAUCCGUGGCAUCCGGCACGUCACCAGCGAUGACUUCUGUUUCUUCCAGAUGCUCAUGGGAGGGGGGGUGUGCAGCACAGUAACACUCAACUUCAACAUGCCAGGUGCCUUUGUGCACGAAGUCAUGGUGGUAGGCUCUGCGGGACGCCUUGUCGCCCGGGGAGCUGACCUCUAUGGGCAGAAGAACUCUGCCACGCAAGAGGAGCUGCUGCUGAGGGACUCGCUGGCUGUGGGCACGGAGCUGCCUGAGCAGGGGCCCCAGGAUGUCCCACUGCUCUACCUGAAGGGCAUGGUCUACAUGGUACAGGCCCUGCGCCAGUCCUUCCAGGGACAAGGGGACCGCCGCACAUGGGACCACACCCCUGUCUCCAUGGCCGCCUCCUUCGAGGAUGGGCUCUACAUGCAGAGCGUGGUGGAUGCCAUCAAACGGUCGAGCCGAUCCGGGGAGUGGGAGGCUGUGGAGGUCUUGACGGAGGAGCCUGACGCCAACCAGAACCUAUGCGAGGCACUCCAGCGGAAUAACCUGUGAGCCUACACGUGGGCUCCUGGCCAUGGGGCAAAGGACAAGGGAGGGACCAGGAGCUGUGAUGGGAACACUUGGCUACAGCACAGACAGUGUCUUUCAUUUGACGCGUCAACUUGGGUGGGGUUGAGUUUGGGUGAAUCCAAAGCUGGCCCCGGGAGAAUGCCCCCUCCAUUGCACAUUUACUCCUCUGGCUGGUGGGGUGGGCACAUUCCUGCUGCCCUGGCUGAGAGGGCUGGCACACUGGGCAAGGCGGAGCUGCCCUGGGUGUCUGCAUAGUUUGUUGGUGAGCAGGGCCAGCAAAGCCUAAGUUGUGGUCCUAACUGGAUGAGAAAGCAGAGUUGGGAGCCAGCUUGGCUUAUUGCUCAUGCCAGAGGAGAAAUGACAAGAGGCCCUGUCUCCAUGCCCUUCCUGGGCUAGGGCUUCUCAGGAACAGUGAGGGCAGCGAGUCAUCCCUCAGGGAACCACACCUGCCCUCUCUCCCAGGCAACCUUCCGGCUUCCAGGCUGCCCCUUCCCUGGCAGGGAGGAGGGGUUCUUCAGUAGGUGAGCUCUCAGGGACUGUUGACCUAGGGCAGAGGGCCCUUGAUUUGGCAGAGGGGAGACAGGGAGAGCUCUGGAACAUCUGAUAAUGUUAGUAAAUAAAUCAGAAAGUCUGACACUAUG